CGCAACUAUUGUAUGUACAAUAUCGCACGCAAAAUUUUGUUAACGAUUUUAGUAUAUUUAGUAAGAAUGGAGAUCAUACCAUUGUCCAGACUUGGAUUUAUUUUGAAGCAAUUCAUAAAGAUUGACAAUUACAAGUGGUAUGGUACGAUUCUAAAGGAACACGCUAGAUCAGGCUUUACUAUCCACGGAAUACCAGCGCCUGUAUUUGUUGCAAGGAGGAUGGCUUAUGUUCAGGAAACAGACAAUUUUGGCAUGUUGGAAAUGAAAAAUUUACUAGAGCCAAUAUGCAAUGCAGCAUACUUGCUCAACAGGCAGACUCCAGAUAUUUCCCAGCUAAAGGAAUACCAGCCAAAGUAUCAUUCCACAUUUGAUGCAACAUAUUGCAAAACAAUCCUUAAAAUGGAGAUGGAAAGAAAUAGACUAGUCAGCUCUCAUAAUUACUGCAUAGAUCAACUAAGAUCGCUCCAGAAAGAAUGUGGGUCCUUGAAAAAACAUUGGAAUCAAAGAAUUUCGAAGCUUGCAACAUUUGUAAGGAUAAACAGAAUAGAAGGAAAUGUUCCAAACAAGUUAGAAAGAAAACUCAAAGAGAUGGUCAAUAAACAAUCAAACGCUGAAGACAAAUAUACCACUGCUCUCACCAUUUUUAACCAUAAUCUCAACAAUGAGAAAGCCCUGAGAGGACAGCUUGUAGAGUUGGGAGCUUCCAUCAAAACAACUCUUAUAACCAAAAUGAAAUCAGGAAUAAAUAAGUCACAGGAAGAACUGGACCAGGCUAUUUUCUGGAUCAAUGACCACCAUGGAUUUAACUUUGUAAGAAAUCAGUUGCAGUCGCUCAACAUUAAUGAGAUAGUUGAGGCACUGUACAAGGUAACGACAGCAGCUUAUGUUACCCCUAUACCUGAGGACUUUUUAGAAGCAACAGGACACACAGAGUUCAUACCUAAGAUCAAAUACACUCAAUGUGACUACAAGAUCUUAGGUAUGAACAACGGAUCAUACCUUAAAAGGUCAAAGAAAGACAAAUCCAACCUAGUUGUCUUCGAGGAAGAUAACUCUGAAAGACAAGAUGAUUGUUUCUUUCCAAUAAAUGGCGGUGUUCGUGUAGCACCAGUCAAACGAAGCGAGGAAGACAGUAGGGGUGUUUUUAAAGUUAAAACAGGUUAUCAAGUGAAGAUGAAGCUAUCUCUAAUGAAUGGAAGUGUUGGCUUCGGCUGGAUAAGGAAAAGCUUUAUCCACGGAGCCAAAAAAUGGGGCUUCUAUUUUCUAUCAUCAAAGGACGCUCAAAAAGUGAUUGGUGAAGCAUCCUGUGCUCACGAAAUGAACAAUUUUGCUGAUUUUACCAGUUUUGACGAUGAUGACCAUGUCACAACAGAAGAAGUAAAUACGUCUAUGCACCAAAUAAUUUCAACUUGCAUAGAUGACUCUGAAGACCUAAUUGUUUUUUAAAGAAAUUAUCCUUAUUUUGUUUUAUAACCGAUACUGCUAGCAUCGACAUUUUACAUAUCUCCUCCUGUACAUUAUAUUUUUCUUGGGAUGGCGUAAUCGUAAGAGAACAAUAUUUUUUUUCAUUUUUUUUUCAUAAAUUCAAUUAUAAUUCAAGUACGUUUG